AAUGCGCUUUGCGCAAGCUGGACAAUCAUCCACAUCACAGUCCUCUGGAGCAUCUUGUGAUACACGGACCCAAGAGCAUCGACCAUGACGACUAUGGAUUCCAUCUCCGUACAUUCACUCCCCUCAUGCGCUUCUCACGUCUCAAGGAGGUUCUCCUUCCGUCGUUUUGUAUAUCAUGGCUUGAUGAUGAUGCACUUGGCACCAUCGUCAAGUCAUGGCUACGCUUCGAGCGCCUUGACCUUGGAACAGCCCAUUUCUGGCAGACACCACCCAGGAUUACGUUUCGGGGCCUUGUCACCUUACUGUCGUCUUGCCCCAAUCUCGAGCACCUUGGUUUGGUAUUCGACACCAGGAACGUAGGUCCGAUUCAAGCUGAGAGGUCUGGAGGUGUUUGCAACACAAAUAUCAGGAAGUUCUCCGUCGGGUGCUCUCCAAUCGAACAACCACCGCAAGUCGCGCUUGCGCUUUCGCAGAUCUUACCGUGCUUGAUGAAUAUCGCGAUUGAGCCAUGGGCCUGGGGUGUCGACCAAGAGGCACGAAGGUCCAAGUGGAGAAAGGCGUUGAACUGCAUCAGAGCUUGUGCCUUCACCAAACAGCCGGACUUAUGUGCUUGACAUUUAGUGUCACACUACUGUACAAAAGAUGAAGUCUCUUGUCAAGCGUUGUCCUAGGUAAUCAUACUUUCUUGAG